CAUCAUUGGUGGUGGCACAGCGGUAAGUCUGACCAAAAGCACCAUAAGCUACCACAGAGAAAGAAUGUUAUGCUGCAAAGUCAAUUGGUAAAUGGAUCGCUAAUAUGCUCGUUUGUCCUUCUAGGGCUGUGUCAUUGCUGCGCGGCUGGCCGAGUACCUUCCACACAAGAAGAUCCUCCUGAUAGAAGCUGGACCCAGCGACUUCAUGGAUGACCGUGUCCUCGAUCUGAAGCAAUGGCUCAAUCUUCUCGGCGGAGAACUCGACUACGACUACGGAACCACCGAACAGCCCAUGGGCAAUUCACACAUCCGCCAUUCUCGUGCCAAAGUCCUAGGCGGCUGCUCAAGCCACAACACAUUAAUCUCAUUCCGACCGUUCGAGUACGACUGCAAAGUAUGGGAAUCCAUGGGUGCCAAAGGCUGGACCUUUCCCAUGUUCAUGCGCGUGCUCAACAAGCUCCGCAACACAGUGCAGCCCGUUCACUCUCGGCACCGCAACCAACUGUGCAAAGACUGGAUCCAAUCCUGCAGCACAGCCAUGGACAUUCCCAUCGUGCACGACUUCAACAAGGAAAUUGCUACAACCGGCGCCCUCAAACCAUCCGUCGGCUUCUUCUCCGUGAGCUACAACCCCGACGACGGCCGCCGCUCGUCCGCAAGCGUAGCAUACAUCCACCCAAUCCUCCGGGGCGACGAGCAGCGCCCGAACCUCAAGAUCCUGACCAACGCAUGGGUGUCCAAGAUCAACGUCACCGACGACAAAGUCACCGGCAUCAACAUCACCCUCCAAUCCGGCACUCCUCUGACCCUAACCGCCCGCACCGAGACCAUCCUGUGCGCCGGCGCCGUCGACACACCCCGCCUCAUGCUCCUAUCCGGCCUGGGCCCAGCCGAAGAUCUAUCUAGACUCUCCAUCCCUGUCGUCAAAAACAUCCCAGGCGUAGGCGAGAACCUGCUCGACCACCCCGAAACCAUCAUAAUCUGGGAACUCAACCAGCCCGUCCCUCCCAAUCAAACAACAAUGGACUCUGACGCCGGCAUAUUCCUGCGCCGCGAACAGCCCAACGCCGCCGGCGCCAAGUCCACACCGACGAACCCUCACGCCCUGCCUGACUCUGACAUCGCGGACGUCAUGAUGCACUGCUACCAGAUCCCCUUCUGUCUCAACACCACGCGUCUAGGCUACGACACGCCCAUCGACGCCUUCUGCAUGACGCCCAACAUUCCGCGGCCACGUUCACGCGGAAAGCUCUAUUUGACCUCCUCGGACCCGGAGGUCAAACCAGCGCUGGACUUCAGAUACUUUACUGAUCCAGAGGGCUACGAUGCCGCAACAUUUGUUUUCGGUUUGAAGGCGGCACGCAAGAUCGCGCAACAGGCCCCGUUCAAGGACUGGAUCAAGCGUGAGGUCGCGCCUGGCUUGGAUAUCCAGAGCGACGAGGCCCUCAGCGAAUAUGGCAGGCGUGUUGCGCACACGGUGUACCACCCUGCCGGCACAACGAAGAUGGGUGACCUGGCAAGUGACGAUAUGGCUGUUGUCGACGCCAAACUCAAUGUACGGGGCCUGAAGGGACUGAGGAUUGCGGAUGCGGGAAUUUUCCCGGUGAUGCCGACUAUCAAUCCUAUGUUGACCGUUCUUGCUGUUGGUGAACGGUGUGCCGAGCUUAUAGCGAGUGAGGCUGGGUGGAAAGGUGAGGGCGCUGUCAGGGCGAUGUUGUAAACGAUUUCACGUGAAAGUUAUACCGUCUUGGGCAAACUCGAUAUAUAUAGGGAAAAAGAGCAAAUAUACAGCGUUCGUCCAA